AUGAAGCGGGUCGGGGCCCCUUGGCCGGCCCGGUUGUUGCAGCUGCAUGGUGUCAGUGACAGCAAGAAAAUUCCGGAAGCUCGUCGGCUGCAACUGUUCAAGGAGCUGGUGGCGAGCAACCAGCUGGUUUAUGCAACGUGUAUUGUUGACUCGAGGACCAUAGAUGAAAUCAACAUAUUGCAGGCGACAUUCAAGGCCAUGGAGGGCGCAGUCGCAGGACUGCCUCUCCCAGUCCCUGACUUCACCUUGGUGGAUGGCAACAUGCUGCCAAAGGCAUUCCACCCUGAGAAAAGCAUGGCCAUUGUUGCUGGCGAUGCCACCUGCAUGUCAAUCUCAGUUGCAUCCAUAAUUGCAAAGGUCACCAGGGACAACUUGAUGUUCGAGUACGAUCGCAGGUGGCCCGACUACGGCUUUGCCAAGCAUAAAGGCUACCCAACAAGGGAGCACAUCUGUGCAAUCAACAGAUUGGGGCCUUGCGAAAUCCAUCGCAUGUCCUAUGCACCACUGCAGAAGCAGGCAUCUGAAAGUCCAGAGUAUAUUGAAUAG